AUACUCGGUGACGUUGACAAGCUACUCUCAUCCAUCUGCCGUCAGCGUCACCUUCAUAAUAACACUACCGUCGGGAUAUCCUCUGGAGAAGAGCCGAUCACCGGAAGUCGUAGUAGAGGAGGUCAGUGCUGCGACGGAUGCGGAGAUGUUGGGGGAGGAGGUGUUGAAGUAUUUGCUGAAACAUGUGCGGACUCAACUGGAGUCCGGAUACGUGUUCCCUCUGAUAGCGGCUGUGGAGUCGACUCGACAGUACAUUACUCAU